AUGUCGGGCUCUCUUCCAGAACCAACCCAAGGUGAUACAAAUGAUCUGCACCUUCCCCAGCCCAGCAGCAGCGAAGGCGGGUCUGCCGUCGCAGACGACAAGGUCGAGGAUAAAAUUCAGGACAAAGACCAUGAUUGGGAACACGACCCAGCAAACCCCAUGAAUUGGUCUCCAAUAAAAAAGUGGAUAACGACUAUACUCGUAUCGCUUUACACUUUUGUCACGCCGUUAGCCAGUUCUAUCAUGGCACCUGGUUUACCCUACGUGGCCGUAAAAUAUGACAUCGCCAAUCCAACCGUCUUGUCAUUGACUCUAAGUAUCUUCCUUCUAUCGUUUGCCAUCGGCCCUUUAUUCGCGGGACCCUUGUCGGAAGUGUAUGGUCGCCAAUGGGUACUCCACAUAGGGAACCUAUUCUUUCUCGUAUUUAAUCUCGGCUGCGCUUUGUCACCCAACACUGUAACUUUACUUGUUUUCCGGUUUCUAGCUGGAUUUGCAGCGGCUCCACCCAUAGCGUGCGGCCCAGGUGUCGUUAGCGACCUCUUUGCAAAACAUGAGCGUGCCUCGGCUUUGGCACUAUUCAGUGUGGGACCCUUAAUAGGUCCCGCUGUCGGGCCCGCCAUAGGAGGUUUCAUUGCAGAGUCGGCCGGUGUGGAGUAUGUUUUCUAUGUCAUCGUUGCGAUCUCUGCUGUUGCCGCAAUCCUCGGAAUCUUCCUCGUGAGAGAAACCUAUGCACCAAUUAUCAGGCUUCGUCUCGAUAAUCUGGUGUCGGAUCCCGAAAAGCCAGCCACAAGAUAUCCUGCCCUCCCACACGGGAUGGGGAAAUGGGCCUACUUAUGGCUCAACCUCAAGCGACCCGUCAUACUUCUCACUCGGAGUCUGAUAUGUUUCAUGCUGAGCUUGUACAUGGCUCUUAGUAGUAUCUAUUACUUGAUGUUUGCUACUUUCCCCGACCUCUUUUCGAACGUGUACCACUUCAGCAUUGGAAUUGGAGGUCUGGCGUACAUUGGCCUUGGCCUUGGAUUCGUGGCUUCCUCCGUGUUCGGUGCCAGAUUUUCCGACAAGAUGUACAAAUACCUUACUGCCAAAAAUGGAGGGAAGGGUAACCCAGAGAUGCGCGUGCCGGGUCUGGUGUUUGGCUCGUUUUUUGUCCCAGUGGGACUAUUCUGGUAUGGCUGGUCUGCCCAAGCCGAGCUCCACUACAUGAUGCCUAUCACUGGUACCGCUAUCUUUGGAUUCGGAAUAAUGCUGAAUUUCCUCCAUAUUCAGUUAUACCUCGUGGACGCAUUUACUUUUGCUGCAAGCGCUAUCGCAGCUUCUUCUACAUUCCGUUCGUUCCUUGGUUUCGCAUUCCCACUAUUCGGAGAACAAAUGUAUGCCGCUCUUGGCUACGGUGGAGGCAAUUCCCUACUUGCGGGUCUUUCCAUCUUGAUUGGUAUACCCUUCCCCAUCUGGAUAUAUUACGCUGGCGAACGUCUUCGCGCGAAUAAUUCCUUGACCCGUCGCUGAUCCUUGUCUCGGACUGUAUAACAAUUUUCUACAAGCACAGAAUUAGGAUAACGUCAAUCACGAGGCAUCAUGAUUACCUGAACUCAUUAUUGUUAAGGGCAGGCGAGAUCUCAAGAGGUCCGAGCUCAACGAUGUCCUUAAAAAAUCAUUGGGCGUAGGCAGCUAGAUGGAUUAAAUUUUCAAAUUUGUUGUCAAGCCUGUUCCUU